CUUUUUUCGCUGACUGUACAACGGUCAAUGUCACACCACAUUCCUUAUCUUCUUUCCCUUCACAGCUUUCCCUGCAUUUGCAAUGGCCUCUGCAACGGAAGCCAUUAACGCGUUGUUCUUAAUUCUCUUUCUUCAACAUUUGUUAUUCACAACAGCGAAUGAUUCAAUUCCAGUGCCAGCUGAUUGGCCGCAGCAGUUUCACUCGGUGCUGUUCAUAAACCGAAGCGGCAAUCUCCGGAAGACGGACUUAUGGUACGACUGGCCCAAUGGCCGCAACUUCAACAUCGUUCAAAACCAGCUGGGCGUUCUCACCUACGACCUCGAAUGGGACAAUGGAACCUCCUUUUACUAUACGCUCCAACCCUUCGACAAAACCUGCAAAAUCAUGCACUUCGAUGUCGGCAUUCUCCGCCCUAGCUGGCUCGACGGCGCUAACUACCUCGGCCAAGAGUCUGUCGACAACUUCCUCUGCAACGUCUGGGAGAAAGUCGACUUCAUCACCUACUACGAGGAUGUCCUCACCCGAAGACCCGUCAAGUGGAUCUUCUUCGACGGGAUGGUUUCUCAUGUGAUGACAUUUGAGGUAGGUGCAGUGCUUGAGGAUGAACAUUGGCAAGCUCCUGUGUAUUGUUUUGAUGAGAUGAAGAACGAGACAUCGGAAAAAACGAAUGCGUUCGUCUUAGAAUCUGAAGAUGCUGCUUCUGCUGGUUUUUCUCAUGGAAUGUUAAUGAGAGAGAUGCCACAUUCUGCUUAUGCUAAGUAAUCGUGAGUGAGAAUGGUGUUUGCACUUUAUCUAUUGCAGCACGUACAAUAAUUUCUUGAAAUAAUUUAGACAGUCUUCGAUUAUUUUUAGAGCAUCUUAACCGUGAUUGUUUGCAUCUAAGACAAGUGCGUAGUCUUUCAUCUACGCGGUGAUAUAAUUCGUGGUUUGAGUUCUGUCAAACAAUGCUUCGACAUUAAAAGUUU